GGCGCGGCGACAGUGUCUGACGAGAGCUGAAGGAGGCAGUGGGAGGUGGUGGCGGCGGUGGCGCGGGCGCCGGAGGAGGAGGCGGAGGAGGAGGAGAAGCGGAUGAGACUGCAGAGCUUGCCAGAGGUGCACACAUCUAAGUGGCACAGGGGCAAGCACAAGGCCUGGCUCCCUGGCCCUGCCCCGGCUGUGCCCUCACGUGCUCCCCGCUCUCUGUCAGAGGCAGCAUGGUCCGCAGGGCACCAUGGGCCCCGACAGAGUGACUGCCCGAGAACUGUGCGAGAACGAUGACCUAGCCACCAGCCUUGUCCUAGACCCCUACCUUGGCUUCCGUACCCACAAGAUGAACAUCAGCCCCAUGCCCCCCCUGCGGCGACAGCACCACCUGCGCACAGCACUGGAAGCUUUCCUGAGGCAGCGGGACCUGGAUGCUGCAUACCGGGCCCUGACGCUGGGAGGCUGGAUGGCCCACUACUUUCAGAGCCGGGGCCCACGGCAGGAGGCUGCCCUCAAGACCCACGUCUAUCGCUACCUCCGUGCCUUCCUGCCGGAAAGUGGCUUUACCAUCCUGCCCUGCACUCGCUACUCCAUGGAGACCAAUGGGGCCAAGAUUGUGUCUACCCGUGCUUGGAAGAAGAAUGAGAAGUUGGAGCUGCUCGUAGGCUGCAUCGCAGAGCUUCGGGAGGCGGACGAGGGACUGCUGAGGGCUGGAGAGAACGACUUCAGCAUCAUGUACUCGACCCGCAAGCGGAGCGCGCAACUUUGGCUGGGCCCGGCGGCCUUCAUCAAUCAUGACUGCAAACCCAACUGCAAGUUUGUGCCCGCAGACGGGAAUGCAGCCUGCGUGAAGGUACUCCGGGAUAUCGAGCCUGGGGAUGAGGUGACGUGCUUCUAUGGCGAGGGCUUCUUCGGUGAAAAGAAUGAGCACUGUGAAUGCUAUACCUGUGAGAGGAAAGGAGAAGGAGCUUUCCGAUUGCAACCCAGGGAACCUGUCCUGCCACCACGGCUCCAAGACAAGUACCAGCUGCGAGAGACCAAGCGGCGGCUACAGCAAGGCCUUGGCAGCACUGGUUGGCAGGGCUUACUAGGCCAAUGGGCCUGUGCCCACCCAUCCCUGCUGCGCCGGGACCCAUUUUGUGCUGCCUGCCAGCCCCUGUACCUGCCACCCUGCAGUGCCCACCCGGACACCUCACCCCUGUGGCUCCAGUGGCUGUCUCAGUUCCAGCCUCGAAUGCGGCCCCGGAAGCGCCGCCGGCCCCGGCCUCAGAGGGCCCCAGCAUCUCCCAUCCCCCAUGUUGCCCGCGUCUCCCUGCAUCGUUGGGGAGGCUGCGGCCCCCACUGCCGCCUUCAGGCAGAGGCCCUAGUGGCACUAGGCCAGCACCCCCAUGCCCGCUGGGCCCCACAGCAGGACUGGCACUGGGCCCGGCGCUAUGGGCUGCCUUAUGUGGUACGUGUGGACCUCAGCCGCCUGGCCCUGGCCCCACCAGCCACCCCUGCCCCCGCCAUGACCCCAGGUCCCAUUUUGGUACCCAAGCAGGCCCUUGCUUUCGCCCCCUUCUCCCCACCCAAGCGCCUGCGGCUAGUGGUCAGCCAUGGCUCCAUUGACCUGGAUGUCCAUGAAGAUGGGCUGUGAUGGGCUGGGUUGGGGGGAGAGACAGGAGGGAGGGGCCUCUCUCUUAGCUCUCGCACUUCCAGAAAAAGCUCUUGGACCUCUGGAGGGGUUAACCUUUUAUCCCAGCACAGCUCUGACCCUGGGCAAGGGGUUGGUUUGGAUAUCCCCCCCGGAAUCUGAUCCCUGACCUUUUGUGACUGCUGACCCCUGAGCCACCCUCACCCUGCAGGGAGCCCUGGCCAUUUGCUGCCCUCUCCACCCUCAGGACUGCAAGAGCCAUCCCCCUCCCUUAGCCACAUCCUCCCCAGGGAGUAAAGCCAUAAGGGGGUAGGGGCCACCCUGUGGCUUCUCCCCAGAAGCCCAGGCCUCAGGAGGUAGAACUGACCUGGGGUGGUACUCCCUAGAAGGGAGCAGGUUUGCUCUCAGCAACUAUUUAAGGUGGAGGGAGUGUGUGGGAGUGUCUGGGGGGUAUGUUCUCACCCCCGCCCCCAAAGGUCUCAGGGAGGCCGGAUUUGACCUCGUCUUUCUCAUGGUGCUAUCCCUGGUGCUAUGGGUUGGGGGUGUCCUCCCCUCCCCAACACCAGAAAGGGGUUUGUUGGGGGGGUUGGAAGCACUUGAACUUUUUAUUUUAUUAAACCUUGUAUAAACAGCA